AUGACAAUUCUUCACUAUUAUUGUCAGCAGUUGGAAAGCAAAUCCUACGAUAUGCCACUCGCAUCAGACGUCAAAGAAUUCAAGGUCGCACUGAUACAGACUGCACCCAAGAGUAUCGAUAUUGAAUAUAACUUCAACCAUGCUUCCAACCAAAUCCGGCAGGCAGCAGCCCAGGGAGCAUCUCUGGCCGUUUUACCGGAAUACCAUCUGACGGGCUGGGUGCCCGAUGAACCUUCUUUUGCUUUAAGCGCAGAGGAUGCCAGCCAGUUCUUAGAACAGUAUCAGCAGUUGGCUGCGGAGCUGCACAUCAACAUUUGCGCUGGCACUAUAGUUUCCGAGCCACCAAAGAGUCAUUUUGCCAACGAAAAAGCAGCAAAGACACAACGCACUCUUCUCAACACCUCCUACUUCAUUGACCAUGGCGGCCAACUUCUUGGUGCCUACACCAAAACCAACCUCUGGAUCCCCGAGCGCCAACACCUAACCUCAAGCGUUGACCACGCUCACCAAGAUAAGAUGCACAACGAGGCGCCUGCCACCAGUGCUCAUCAGGUCUUCAACACUCCAUUGGGGCCGGUCGGCAUAUUGGUCUGUUGGGAUUUGGCCUUUCCCGAAGCCUUCCGUCAGCUUGUAUUGGCAGGAGCAAAACUCAUCAUCAUUCCCUCUUUCUGGACAUUGUCAGACAUGAGCAAAGAAGGAUUAAAAUACAACGAAAGCUGCGAGAAGCUGUUCGUGCAGUCCACGCUCACCACUAGAGCAUUUGAAAACACUGCGGCCAUUAUCUUCUGCAAUGCGACCGGCCCUCCAAAUGAGGGCUUCUUCGGAUGCAGUCAAGUUACAAUGCCUAUUGUGGGAACAGUGCCUGGUAGCUUUUCUGAUGCCGAGGAGGGAAUGAGAAUCAUUGACGUGGAUAUGCGACUUGUAGAUAUUGCAGAACAGAAUUACCAAAUUAGACAAGAUUUGGCAAGGACCGAUUGGCAUUAUGGUUACGUCAAAGGGGCAAAGCUGUAA